CAUGUGUACCAGCCUGACCAUUUGUGAGUGGAAGAAAGUCUUCUAUGAGAAGAUGGAGGUAGCAAAGCCGGCUGACAGCUGGGAACUCAUCAUAGACCCCAACCUCAAGCCCAAUGAGCUGGCCCCUGGCUGGAAGCAGUACCUAGAGCAGCAUGCCUCAGGCAGGUUCCACUGUUCCUGGUGCUGGCACACUUGGCAGUCGGCCAACAUUGUUAUUCUCUUCCACAUGCACCUGGAUAGAACCCAACGGAUGGGAUCAGUGCGCAUGCGCAUCUUCAAGCAGCUUUGCUUUGAGUGCGGCACCGCGAGGCUGGACGAGUCCAGCAUGCUGGAGGAGAACAUUGAGGGCCUGGUGGACAACCUCAUCACCAGCCUGCGCGAGCAGUGCUACGAGGAGGACGGCGGCCAGUACCGCAUCCACGUGGCCAGCCGCCCUGACAGCGGACCACACAGAAGUGAAUUCUGUGAGGCCUGCCAGGAGGGCAUCAUGCACUGGAAGCCCAGCGAGAAGCUGCUGGAGGAGGAGGCGACAGACGCCUUCUCUGAUACCUCCAAGCCGAGGGUCCAGGCUGGCUUCGGCUACAACUUCUUCUCCCUUCGCUGGUGCCUCCUCUGGGGCUCCCUCUGCCUGCUCAUUGUGUACCUGCAGGUCUCCUUCCGCAGCCCCGCCUUCUUUUAAAAGACAAAUUGUUGAGGGGUCGAUCCCACUGCUACAGAUUCAAUAUAUAA